AAUAUCAUGGACAGAAAAUAGUUUGGAUUAUGUGUUUUGCCAGCGUAUCUCUGCAAUUUCAGUUUUAACAAUGGAUAAGUGUAAGCACAUAGGACGUCUGCGAUUGGCGCAAGAUCACUCCAUUCUGAAUCCUCAGAAAUGGCAUUGCAUGGACUGCAAUACUACCGAAUCUGUGUGGGCGUGCCUCAGCUGCUCACACGUGGCAUGCGGAAGAUACAUUGAAGAACACGCACUAAAGCACUUUCAGGAGAGCAGUCACCCAGUAGCAUUGGAAGUAAAUGAGCUGUAUGUUUUCUGUUAUCUCUGUGAUGAUUACGUUCUUAACGAUAACGCAACUGGUGAUUUAAAACUGUUGCGAAGUACAUUAAGUGCAAUCAAGAGUCAAAACUACGAGUGCACUACUCGAAGUGGGAGGACUUUGCGUUCUAUGGGCACAAGUGAUGAUUCUUACCUUUCACAUGGGGGUGCCCAAGCCUUGCUUCGGAAUGAAGAUCGCAUGUUCACAGCUCUGUGGCACCGACGGCGCGCGUUCCUGGGCAAAAUAUUCAGAUCAUGGCUUGGGUUGACACCUACUGGAAAAAGGAUUUUGGAAGAAGAAAGGCGUCGGGAAGAAGCAGAGGAAAGAAGGGACAAAGCUAGGAAGAGAAGACAAGAACGAAAGCGUGAAUUGAAAGCAGAGAUGGAAAAGAUGCCUCCAAGAAAGAGCAGUCGUUUACAAAAUCAGAUUAGAAUGUCCUCAGAAACAGCACCCUGCCUGCAAAAAACAUCACAGAACAUGGAAUCUGUGGCAGAGUUGAAAAAAACGUAUACCUCAGAUGAAGUAAGAUUGAAAAAAGUAAGUGACUCCCCAAUUAAACGAAGGCCCACAGUGACUCCUGGGGUAACAGGACUGAGAAACCUGGGAAAUACAUGCUAUAUGAAUUCUAUCCUGCAGGUAUUAAGUCACUUACUUAUUUUUCGAGAAUGCUUUUUAAAGCUUGAUCUCAACCAAACUCAGGAACUGCUGGCAACAGCAACCAAUGCUAAAACCAGAUCUUCAUCUAAACACCUGUCAAUAGUUGCCUCAACAUUACAUGUCAGUGAGAACCAAGGGAAAGUAAAGGGAUCAUCUUCUGUGAGGCGGCCUAGUUUAUCCUCUGGAUUAAGUGGAGGAGCAUCAAAAAGCAGAAAUAUGGAACUUAUUCAGCCCAGGGAGCCCAGUUCAAAGCAUAUUUCUCUCUGUCAUGAGCUGCAUACUCUGUUCCAAGUUAUGUGGUCUGGCAAAUGGGCUCUGGUGUCUCCUUUUGCCAUGCUUCAUUCUGUGUGGAGACUAAUUCCAACCUUCAGAGGAUAUGCCCAACAAGAUGCUCAGGAAUUUCUCUGUGAACUUUUGGAUAAAGUGCAGCAGGAACUGGAGACUACAGGGAUCAGAUACCCAGCUCUCAUCCCUGCUUCUCAAAGAAAACUUAUAAAACAGGUUUUGAACGUGGUUAACAACAUUUUUCAUGGACAGCUAUUAAGUCAGGUUACAUGUCUUGCCUGUGACAAUAAAUCAAAUACCAUAGAACCUUUCUGGGACCUGUCCCUGGAGUUUCCUGAGAGGUAUCACUGCAACGGCAAGGAGAUGUCAUCUCAGUAUCAAUGUCUGCUGACAGAAAUGCUGGCCAAGUUUACAGAAACUGAAGCUUUGGAAGGAAGGAUAUAUGCGUGUGAUCAGUGCAACACAAAACGAAGGAAGUUUUCUUCUAAACCAGUUAUACUCACAGAAGCUCAGAAGCAGCUUAUGGUGUGUCGACUACCUCAGGUUCUCAGAUUACACCUUAAACGGUUUAGAUGGUCAGGACGCAAUCAUCGUGAGAAGAUUGGCGUACAUGUUAAUUUUGAUCAAAUGCUGAACAUGGAGCCUUACUGCUGCAGAGAAUCCCUCAAGUACCUCCUACCUGACUGCUUUAUCUACGACUUGUCUGCUGUGGUAAUGCAUCACGGGAAAGGAUUUGGCUCAGGGCACUACACUGCCUACUGCUACAAUUCAGAAGGAGGAUUUUGGGUACACUGCAAUGAUUCGAAACUCAACAUGUGCACUAUGGAAGAAGUAUGCAAGGCUCAAGCUUACAUUUUGUUUUACAGCCAACGACUUACUCAGGCAAAUGGCCGUGGUAAAAUACCAUGUCCUAGCACAGCUGAAAGUCAGCAGCACACAGAAUUAGCUGACUGUUCCAUGGACAACAGUAGCAACUAAUCCAAAGCCAGUUAACUGUGUGUAUUGUAAAAGUUUGAAUUGUCAUAACUAUAUAUUUUUCAAUGACAUGAAAGUACAGUAUUGUACUUUUUUACUUUGAAUCUGUGUACGU